CUCGGGAUGCAGCCGGAAGUACAGCGCGCUUGCUGUGUGGUGGCUUGCUGUCUGCGAUCCGCGUGUUCAGCCGCGUGGGCCAUGGGGCGGCGGGCGCGGGGCCGGCGGUGCCAGCAGCCGACGCAGCCUGAGGGCGAGGAAGACGGCAGCGACGGCGGCAGAAAGCGCGGCCAGGCGGGCUGGGAAGGUGGCUAUCCCGAGAUCAUAAAGGAGAACAAGCUCUUCGAGCACUACUAUCAGGAACUCAAAAUCGUGCCGGAGGGAGAAUGGGACCAGUUCAUGGGCUCACUUCGAGAGCCUCUCCCAGCCACGUUGAGAAUCACUGGUUACAAAAGCCAUGCAAAAGAGAUUCUCCAUUGCUUGAAGAACAAGUACUUUAAGGAGUUGGAGGACCUGGAGGUGGAUGGACAGAAAGUUGAAGUCCCACAGCCACUAAGCUGGUACCCUGAGGAACUUGCCUGGCACACAAAUUUAAGUCGGAAAAUCUUGAGGAAGUCUCCAUUGCUGGCAAAGUUUCAUCAGUUCCUGGUCAGCGAGACUGAGUCUGGAAACAUCAGCCGCCAAGAGGCUGUCAGCAUGAUCCCCCCACUGCUGCUCAACGUUGAACCACAUCAUAAGAUCUUAGACAUGUGUGCAGCCCCUGGAUCCAAGACCACACAGUUAAUUGAAAUGUUGCAUGCAGACAUGAGUGUGCCCUUUCCAGAGGGAUUUGUAAUCGCAAAUGACGUGGACAACAAGCGCUGCUAUCUGCUCGUCCAUCAGGCCAAAAGGUUGAGCAGUCCCUGCAUCAUGGUGGUAAACCAUGAUGCAUCCAGCAUACCUAGACUGACAGUAGAUGUGGAUGGAAGGAAAGAGAUUCUCUUCUAUGAUCGAAUUUUAUGUGAUGUCCCUUGCAGUGGCGAUGGUACAAUGAGAAAAAACAUUGAUGUCUGGAAGAAAUGGACUACCUUAAACAGCUUGCAGCUCCAUGGCCUACAGCUUCGGAUUGCCACUCGAGGUGCUGAGCAGCUGGCGGAAGGGGGCAGGAUGGUGUACUCCACGUGUUCCCUGAACCCGGUGGAGGAUGAAGCAGUGAUAGCAGCUCUGCUGGAGAAGAGUGAAGGUGCUCUCGAGCUUGCUGAUGUAUCUGCUGAGUUACCGGGACUAAAGUGGAUGCCGGGAGUCUCACAGUGGAAGGUCAUGACUAGAGAUGGGCAGUGGUUUGCAGACUGGCAUGAGGUUCCCCAGGGCAGGCAUACGCAAAUCCGGCCUACCAUGUUCCCACCAAAGGACCUGGAAAAACUACAGGCAAUGCAUCUAGAGCGAUGCCUUCGAAUACUGCCCCAUCAUCAGAAUACUGGAGGGUUCUUUGUGGCAGUAUUGAUCAAGAAAGCACCAAUGCCGUGGAACAAACGUCAGCCCAAGGUACAGAGUAAAUCUGCAGAGGCCAGAGAGCCCAGGGCAUCUAGCCCUGCGACAUCCACAGAGGGAAAUCCCAGUGACCCGUCUGAGCUGGGAAAUCAGAUGAUCACUGGAACUGGUGACUCGGAAGGAGCUCAUACCACUGAGAACACAGAGAGUAACGAGAAGAAAGAUGGCGUGUGUGGCCCUCCUCCAUCAAAGAAAAUGAAGUUGUUCGGAUUUAAAGAAGAUCCGUUUGUAUUCAUUCCUGAAGAUGACCCUUUAUUCCCACCUAUCGAGAAGUUUUAUGCUUUGGAUCCUUCGUUCCCGAGGAUGAAUUUGUUAACGCGAACCACAGAAGGAAAGAAGCGGCAGCUUUAUAUGGUGUCCAAGGAGCUGAGGAAUGUCCUGCUGAACAACAGCGAGAAGAUGAAGGUUAUUAACACUGGGAUAAAAGUCUGGCGUCGAAAUAACAGUGGUGAAGAGUUUGACUGUGCUUUCCGUUUGGCCCAGGAGGGAAUAUAUACACUGUAUCCGUUUAUCAAGUCAAGAAUCAUCACUGUAUCAAUGGAAGAUGUGAAGACACUGUUGACCCAGGAGAACCCAUUCUUUAGAAAACUGAGCAGUGAGGCCUACAAUCAAGUCAAGGACCUCACAAAGGGGAGUGUUGUGCUGAAGUAUGAACCAGACUCUGCGAAUCCAGACACCCUCCAGUGCCCCAUUGUGCUGUGUGGGUGGCGGGGAAAGACCUCUAUUCGAACUUUUGUGCCCAAAAAUGAGCGGCUUCAUUAUCUCAGGAUGAUGGGUGUGGAGGUAUUGGGAGAAAAGAAGAAUGAGGGUGUCAUUCUUACCAACGAGAGUGCUGCCAGCCCAGAGCAGCCUGAAGACGAGGAGGAUGCCAAGCAGACAGCAGAAGACUCCUGCAUCCCAGACUCUGCCACUGCAUGUGACCCAGGGGCAGCUGAGCCAUCCCGGUGAAGAUGUCUCCACACUGAAUUGUACCAUCCCUUGUUGUUGGAGACCAAAUCUAGAAUGUCCUUAGCUGCUGGGACCUGGAAAUGAGUGUGUGGCCACAGUCUGGGGAGAGCUGUAUUUUCUGGCAUUUAGGAGUUGCUGUUGCAGAGUGGAUACAUGUUUCUGCUGUUAAAGGCAAAUGCAACACAGCCUUUGCAGAAGUGCAGAUCCCUUGUUGGGCCAAUGUUGGCCUAGUCUUCUAAAGUUACAGUAAAACUCUACAGUCUUGGGGAGCAGCUCUGUGCUAUAAUACUUGUCGGGCUGCACAUCAGUGUGUUGUGCAGUCACAUUGACACUGAGGGCUCCGGUGACUUCUGUGCCUUUGUGAUAAAGGGUGAGGUAAGCCGUCCCUGAGGGAAGGCUGUUGAAUCAUGAGAGCAGUUUUGGGGACCGUUUGUGCUUAUCCUGGAGGUGCUUUAAGUGCGGUGGAGAUUGCUUGGGUCAUGAAAUAAAGAACUAUUAUGAUAAUGUG